AUGCUUGCUGAAUCUGUUUUGUUACAGCAUUUAGAUAAUUUAAAAAGAGUCGAUCUGUCGGGCUCCAUGUACCUAACUCAAGUUCCAGAUCUCUCACUUUCUCCAAAUCUUGAGAGCAUAACACUUCAGUACUGCGUACGUUUGAUCGAAGCUCCGUCAUAUAUCGAACAUCUUGAGAAGCUUAAAGAGCUUUCUCUCAUAGGCUGCCCAUCCCUUUGCAAGCUAUCAGCGCUUCCAAGGAAUUUAAGAACAUUAAAAGUGCUCACUGGACCAAUUCAGCUUGAUCAAACCGAUUGUUCUUGUAGCAACAACAUUACAUGGUAUCCCUCUUUUGAGUUUUCAUCAAAGUUGGAAAGAUUUCCAAUCAUCCCAGAGCUCAUCAAGUCCAUAAGGACUCUCAAAUUAGAUUUUGCGGCAAUUAAAGAGCUGCCUUCGUCAAUAAGCAACUUAUCCGGGCUCAAAACAUUAAGCCUGAAAUUUUGCCAAAAUCUUGAGUUUCUCCCUGAUAGCAUCCAUUGUUUAAGGUCUUUACGCAAACUCAAAAUUGCUUUUUGUCGAAAUCUUAAAUCAUUACCAAUACUUCCUUCGUCGUCUCUAAUAUUUCUUGAUGCGACGUGUUGCGCCUCGUUGAAGACGAUGUCAAAUUCAGUAACUUCGAUCAAACAAAAUUGGGAUGAUCUCCAUAAUAGACGAUAUAAGUGGGAAGAGUUCAAAUUUUGGGGUUGCGGAAUGUUGGAUGAGAACGCACACAAUGCUCUUAUGGAUGAAGCACUGUUUAGAAUUUUGCGUUUGGCAACUUUAGUAAAUAAAUACGGACUCUAUCAUAAUGCUCUUGAUGAAGAUGAAGGUGACACGUUGGCGCGGGUAUAUAAUAAAAUUUUCUGGUCAGAAAGCAAAAUUCCGAGGUGGUUUAGUCAUAAGAGUGAGGAAUCUUCGAUAUGUAUGAACGUUCCACAUCCUGAUCAAUGGUAUAACAACAGCUACUUGGGUCUUGCCGCUUGCGUCAUUGUUGAGUUCGAUGACCUCUCAACGACUAAACCGAUCUCUUUAGAAGUUUAUUGGGAGUCCGUUUACACGUUCCCUAAUGGAGAUUCAUGGAGUCAGAGAAGAGUUGUGCAAUUUGAUCUUUCAUAUGAAUAUCAUGUUCAUGGUAUUCGUGAAUGUUGUACUACUCUUUUCGAGGAUUUAAUUCGCGAAGAUCUUCAUUAUGACUCCGUGAAUAAUUCCAAACACGUGUUUCUUUUUAUGGACAAUACUUAUG